AGCUGAGCUGAGAUUAGCUAGGGAGGGAGGCUGGGAGCUGCAAGUCACCAGAGAGAGGUGGCUGUGACCGGCACACAGGAACGCCAUGCCACUGCAAGAGGAGACCCUUCGGGAAGUGUGGGCCUCAGACAGUGGCCACGAAGAGGACUGGCUGAGCCCGGAGCCUCCACCGCGCCCCAAACAGCGACCUGCCCAGGGACAGAAGUUGAGGAAAAAGAAACCCGAGACCCCCGAGUCCCCUGAAUCCAAACCCCCUCGUAGAGCUGGGGCUGGGCGCAGGAAGCACGGGGAGCCGCCUGCAGACCCCGCAGAGCCGCGCACGGAGCAGACAGUCUACGCCAAGUUCCUUCGGGAUCCUGAGGCCAAGAAGCGGGACCCCCGGGAGACCUUCCUGGUUGCUCGCGCCCCAGAUGUGGGAGGGGAGGAAGAUUCGGAGGAGGAUUCAGAUGACGACGACGACGACGAUGACGAUGAUGAAGAAAAGGAGAAGAAAGAGGGGAAAAAAGAGAAAAGCUCUCUGCCCCCCAAGAAAGCACCCAAGGAGAGAGAGAGGAAAACCAAGGCUCUGGGCCCAAAAGGGGACGUAGGAAGCCCUGAUGCCCCUCAGAAACCGCUCAAAACCAAGAAGAAGGAGGUGGGGGAGGGAACCAAGCUGAGAAAGGUGAAGAAAAAAGGGGCUGGGGAGACUGACAAGAACCCCUCUGAGAGCCCAGCAACCGUGAGGAAGAAGAUUCCAGCCUCCAUGUUCCUGGUUGGGGAAGGUGGCACAGCUGAGAAGGGUGUGAAGAAGAAAGGGCCCCCCAAAGGCUCGGAGGAAGAGAAGAAGGAAGAGGAGGAGGAGGAAGAGGAGGAUGCAUCCCCAGUGAUGAGGAACAGCAACCAGAAGGGCAGAGCGAAAGGGAAAGGCAAAAAGAAAGUGAAGGAGGAGAGAGCCCCAUCUCCCCCCGUGGAAGUGGGUGAACCCCGGGAGUUUGUGCUGCAGCCAGCACCCCAGGGCCGGGCAGUACGCUGCCGGCUGACAAGGGACAAGAAGGGAAUGGACCGUGGCAUGUACCCAUCCUACUUCCUGCACCUGGACACCGAGAAGAAGGUGUUCCUCUUGGCCGGCAGAAAACGCAAGCGGAGUAAGACGGCCAAUUAUCUCAUCUCCAGCGACCCCACCAACCUGUCCAGGGGCGGGGAGAAUUUCAUCGGGAAGCUGAGGUCUAACCUCCUGGGGAACCGCUUCACGGUCUUUGACAACGGGCAGAACCCACAGCGAGGGGGAGGUGGUGACGUGGAAAGCCUGCGCCAGGAGCUGGCAGCUGUGGUCUAUGAAACCAACGUUUUAGGCUUCCGAGGACCCCGCCGUAUGACUGUCAUCAUCCCUGGAAUGAACUCGGACAAUGAGAGGGUCCCUAUCCGGCCCCGGAAUUCCAGCGAUGGACUGUUAGUGCGCUGGCAGAACAAGACCCUGGAGAGCCUGAUCGAGCUACACAACAAGCCACCCAUCUGGAACGAAGACAGCGGCUCAUACACCCUCAACUUCCAGGGCCGGGUCACUCAGGCCUCGGUCAAGAACUUCCAGAUUGUGCACGCUGAUGACCCCGACUAUAUAGUGCUACAAUUCGGCCGCGUGGCUGAGGACGCCUUCACCCUGGAUUACCGGUACCCGCUGUGCGCCCUGCAGGCCUUCGCCAUCGCCCUCUCCAGUUUCGACGGGAAGCUGGCCUGCGAGUGACCCCACAGUCUCUCAGCGCUGAGAAAGCAUUCGGUUGGCGGCGGCUCGGUCCCUCCCCCAUAGCUCCCAGGGAAGGGCUCACCCCUCUGCCUCUCGGCGACCUCCGUGCACCCUCCCAGCCUGGCACCCGGACGGACUGGUGGUGGGGAUGGAGAUGAACAUCUGGUCGCCCAAAAAUACUUGCCUCGCCCCCUCCUCCCCAGUCACUUCCUGUCCAGGAGACCGAGUCAGAUGUUCGAGGCCCCUCUGGGCCCGCGCUGUGGGGGAGGGAACGACGGUGAAGCGGAGUCAGGGACCCAUAUCCCCAAUAAAGUCACGUCCUGGGCUGAACGCA